AUGCUCCUGCGUGCCGCGCUGCCCGGCGGCGCCCGGCAUCCUGCGACAGGAAAGGACCUGGAGAUCAGGAGAGUGGAGAGGGUCAAGGGUCAAGCUCUAAAGAUCAUUCACUGCUUACGCCCAGUACAGAGCCCAGCAAGCACUGAAGAGCCCCCACAACCGGACACCGUGCUAAAGGCCAAGGCCACCAGUAUGGCCCCUCUAGUCCCUCAGAAGGUGGGGAUUGUGGGUUAUGGCCGCCUGGGACAAUCCCUUGUGUCCCGCCUUCUGGCUCAGGGAUCAGAACUGGGCCUAGAACUUGUUUUUGUAUGGAACCGAGACCCUGGACGAAUGGCAGGGAGUGUGCCCCCUGCCCUGCAGCUCCAAGACCUUACUACCCUUGGGGAAAGGCACCCUGACCUUGUGGUAGAAGUGGCCCAUCCAAAUAUAAUCCACGAAUCAGGGGUACAAAUCCUGCGCCAUGCUAACCUCCUGGUGGGGUCUCCCUCAGCUCUGGCUGACCAGACCACAGAGCAACAGCUCAUGGAGGCCUCAAACCACUGGGGCCAUACUGUGUUUGUGGCCCGAGGAGCCCUGUGGGGGGCUGAAGACAUCCAGAGAUUGGAUGCAGCCGGUGGCCUCCAGAGCCUUCGAGUCACCAUGGCCACACAUCCUGAUGGCUUCCGGCUGGAGGGAUCCCUGGCUGCAGCACACAGCAGUGGGCCCCGCACAGUGCUCUACGAGGGCCCUGUGCGUGGGCUCUGCCCCUUGGCUCCCCGAAACUCUAACACCAUGGCAGCCGCUGCCCUGGCUGCCCCCAGUCUAGGCUUCGACCGUGUCAUUGGGGUGCUUGUGGCCGACCUUAGCCUCACAGACAUGCACGUGGUGGAUGUGGAGCUGAAAGGCCCUCCAGGGCCCACGGGCUGCAGCUUUGCCGUGCACACCCACAGAGAGAACCCAGCCCAGCCUGGCGCGGUCACCGGCUCUGCCACUGUCACGGCCUUCUGGCACAGCCUACUGGGCUGCUGCCAGCUCCCCUCCAGACCUGGGAUCCACCUCUGCUGACAAGUCUUCUCCCCCACUGCCCUUGCUGUCACUUCGAACAUUAUAUGUCUCAGUAAACAUUAGAA